UCCUGUAAAUUUUGCCUGUUUAGAAGUUGAAGCAUAAACCUUCACAGAUUAACAAAGCCGCCGCUUCAUAAUCAAAGCACCCUUGGAGAGAAGUAAAAGCAAACCAAAGAUGGCGACUUGUCUCGCAACAAGAGUUGCACCUAAUCAAUGCAUAGGUCUCUUGAGACUCUCCUUCAGCCUCGUCCAAAGCUUCAGUACUUCAGCUUCUCCGGCUUCGACUUCGGCUUCCAAAAAACCAAAGCGAAAAAAGAAGAAGAACCUGUUCGAGGUGGCUCAGUUUUUGCCCAACUGGGGAAUCGGUUACCACAUGGCAAAAACCCAUUGGGAGAGUGUUUAUUACGAGAUCACAAAGAUCAAUCUUUACAAGGACGGUAGGCAUGGAAAAGCUUGGGGAAUUGCUCAUAAAGAUGGCUUGCCUAUUGCAGAUGCUCCCAAGAAAAUAAGUGGAGUUCACAAACGUUGUUGGAGAUACAUUCCAAGCUUGACAAAAUCAGCUGCAGACACACCAAAGUUAACAAUGCCAACAGAUAAUGCCCCAACAGCUGAGGAUCAAGCAGCAUAAUCAAAAUUCUUAAAUUUUUAUAUUGCUUGGCUGACCAUCAUACUCUGUUGUCCUUUCUUGUGUUCUAUGUUUUCGUGUUGCACUCCAUCCUUUAAACAUGGUAGUGCACUUCAAUCAAACCAUUUUUGGACUUAAA